AUGACCGCGAUUGGUGAGCAGAGCCCUUCUGAGGCCGGCUCGCGCUCCUUCGACCUCGGCGUCGAACACUUCUGCCAGUCCGAGUCGGCCGCACCCUUGCGCUAUGCGUUUGGAGUCUCGGUAGAUGACGAAGCCGUACCCCACGGCUCCGUUCGUCGCCCUGGAGCCGUCCGAGAAGACGAUAGAAUGGCUUUCCGGUACUGUCCUUAG